GCCCACUUUGAAAACUUUACGCCCACCGCAGAUGAUCUCAUCGAAAUCAUAACUCUAACAAUGACAUUAUCGGAACCUCUGCAAUUGAUCAGCGUUCUUGGUUGUCGACGUGGUCAAAGAGAAGAUAUGCAGGAUGCCCAUCUGUUGAUAGAAGAUUUAUCGCUCAACUUAACGUUUGUGUCACGAUGUGCUUUGUAUGCGAUAUUCGAUGGUCAUGCUGGAACUCGUGCUGCAAAGUACUGCGAAGACAAGGUCCCCGACGUUCUGAAGAAAAAGUUGAGUUCGUAUAGUGAUUUAAGCACUUUGGAGAAACAGUUAAAGCGUGUCUUUACCGAGACUUUCAAGUCAAUUGAUGAAGGAUUCUUGGCAGAAGCCAGGAAAACGAAACCGGUGUGGAAAGAUGGUACAACUGUUACCUGUGUUUUAUUGUUGAAUGACUCCUUGUACGUCGCCAACCUGGGAGACAGCAAAGCAAUUGUAUGCCGUAGUAAGGAUUGUGGGUUCUCCCCCAUAGAACUCACGGUGAAUCACAACCCGACCAUGUACGAGGAAAGAGUGCGCAUACAAAAAGCGGGUGGCACUGUGAAGUGGGAUGGACGUGUGAAUGGAAUAAUUGAGGUGUCAAGAUCGAUUGGCGAUGGGCAAUUUAAAACCUAUGGGGUGACGUGUAUUCCCGAUAUGAAAAAACUUACAAUUACUGAGAGAGACAGAUUCCUGAUACUGGCAUGCGAUGGUUUGUGGAAGUCAUUCGGCAACGAGGAAGCGAUAACAUAUGUUAACGAAUUGUUGGAAAAGUCAUGCAAGGUAAGCAGUGAGGGCCUGAGGGUGAAAAUGUUGACUUGGCGACGAUCUGCUAAGAAAAACAUUGCGAACAUCCUAAUAUGUCUGGGGCCCUGA